GUGCUGCAGCGGAGGCCGAUGCGGCGGCGGUACGAAUCUCCCAGCAUGUACUCAGAUGACGACGCAAACAGCGACGCAUCCAGCGCCUGCUCCGAACGCUCCUUCAGCUCCCGUAACAGUGCCGCUCCACAUUACCUGCGUCAGACGGAGGACAUGGCCGAGAUCCUGAACCACUGCGCCAGCUCCAACUGCUCCGAGAGGAAAGAAGGGCUGCUGGGACUCCAGAACCUCCUGAAGAGCCAAAGAGUGCUCAGUCGUGUGGAGCUGAAGAGACUGUGUGAGAUCUUCACCCGGAUGUUUGCAGAUCCUCACAGCAAG